UUGGUACGUUUCAAGACUUUUAAAUUACAAACGGUUCUCCUCACCCUGGCAAGCCGUGGGGUGUUUAGUAGCACAUCUUUACUUGUCGGUCACACGGCAGUUGAAUGCUUUCACGAAGGACGUAAUUAUUUUGACCAAGUUCAUCUACUUUUUUUGAGGAUGAGUUCUGUUGAUGUGAAUGAUGAGAAUCGUGGCAUCUGCCCUGGAGGAAAGCAGAACAGCUCAAUUAACGACAUUUUUGCCCUGGAUCAACCAACCGGGAGGCCCUCCAUCCUGCGUCAGACAGAAAACCUUCCCAGCAAGGCUAUGCCAAAGGGGACCAAGGUCUGCUUUCAGACUCCGAGGAGAGACCCUCAUACUAAAAGAAUUCUUUCACCCAGCAAGUCUGCCAAGAUGACAAGUGUGGAUGAGUGUACAAAAUCAAUGGAGUCCUUAUAUUUGGAUAAAACAAAUACUUUGCCACUAGAUGCUGCUGAGAAGCCUGGGGAGCUCAAACAAGAAGUGUCCUCUUAUCCUGAUGAUGAAAUGCCAAUACAAAGCAAAGGAGGAUAUCAGUUGGAUUUUGACAACCUUGAAGCUAUGGAUCCAUUCAGUAGCUCUAAUAAGAUGAUGCUUUCUCCUGCGAGACCCGCUGUUGAAAACCCACACCCUCCUCAAACUGAGCCUCAACACACAGAACCCAAGAAUACUUUUGAUGAGCCAACCAAGAUAGAAUCGGCACUAGACGAGACGCUUCCAUUCAGCCAAUCUGUGGAAAAUUCACUGGCUGACCUCUCCGCUGACAUCAGCUCCACGGAGAGCAGUGUGGUCACAGUGGUGAAGGUAGCAGCGGUCGAGGAAUUGGAUUCGUACACUGCCACACCUGAUGAAAAACAACCUGCUAAAAUGUCUCCAAGUAUCGAUGAAGACAAGGUGUCCGGCAGUUUUGUAGAAGAUGCUCCACUGCCAGCGAAGGGUUCUUACAGUCUGGAUUUUGACAACCUUGAUGCCAUCAAUCCUUUCCAAACCGGUGGCUCUAAAAUUCAGAAUUCCCCUGUCCUUGGGAAAAAGGUGCCACACAAUAACCCACCUGUUGAGGGGGUUCAGGAAAAUAAACCCAUACAUGCUGAUAAACUGCCAGAGGUGGCUCAAGAGGUGCCUGAAGAGGUGCCCAUUCAGCCUGAGGUGAAACCCAUAGCCUCAGUGGCCCCAAUCUUGGCUAAUGCUGCCAAAGCUCCAGCUGCUGACACAAAGCCAUCUGAUGCCUCAUUCAAGGAAGGACCAGUUAAACUUGAGUUCAAUUUUGAUGAUGGGGGUGAGGUCAGAAAGAAACAGCCACCCAAGAAAUUUGGCAAAAGGCCGCCUGGUCUGAAAUCGAAAGCAGAAAAGCCGGCGUUUGAUGUCAAACCACCACAAGAAAGCCAAGUGAAGCCUGAAGCCAGUGAUGUUACUGAAGGUCCUAAAGGAGCUUACUCAUUUGACUUUGACAAGUUUGAUGACCCAAACUUCAAUCCCUUUGGUACAAAAUCAAGCAUGAACAACUCUCCAAAGGUCAGCGAGAAAUCCAGCCCGGUGCGCAUGGAAGCUUCCAAUCAAGAGAAAAUGGACAAGCCUGUGGAGGAGGAAGAUGUAUCACAUGCAUGUAGUACUGGAGAGAGUGUCCCAGCUGCUGAAGCCAACCCCGGAGCGGAUGCUGAACACAAGGCUGCCUUUGAUCAGGGAUUUCAACUUGAAGCUGAAAAACCUGUGGAGAGUCUUCCUGAGCAGAAGUCAGAGGCUGCUUUGUUAGAAUUCAAUGACGAGUUUGUUCCUGGAACUGUGUUCAUGGCCAAUGACUUUGAUGGACAGUUCGAUUACCUUGAACAGUUUGGGUCCAGCAAUUUCAAGGAGUCCGCAUUAAGGAAACAAUCCUUGUACCUUAAAUUUGACCCCCUCCUGAGAGAGAGCCCAAAGAAGUCUGGUGGCCCGGCUGCUCAGAUGUCCCACGUCCCUCGCCCCGCUAGCUUUGUUUCACAGCUUGCAACCCCACAGAUGGCAGAAAAAGAGACUGCAAACGGACCACAAAAUGAUGAUUUCAAGCUCUUUGAUGAUGCUACGGCACCACCUGCUCCAAUCCUUGAGAGCCUCGUCCCACAGUUCCGACAGCCAGCAACAACCGAGGAUUCGAUUAUUGAAGUGCUGAAAUACAGUCAAAAGGACAUGGAUGCAGCCAUCGCCAGGGUCCAGGCUGAAGCAAUGGUAAAAGAGGACCAGUGGAGUGCAAAGUACAAAAGGCUACUUGAUGAUGGUCAAGAAAUGAGGAAAAUAAUUGCAGAAUUUGAGCUCAUGAUUGCACAAAUGAUGUCUGAUCGAGAGAAGGAGAAGGAGGAGGCCCAGAUGAAGCUCAACGAGGCCCUGCUGGAGAAGGAGCAGGUGUCCAAUGAUCUGAACACCAUGGAGAGAUCCUUCGCCGACCUUUUCAAGAGACUGGAGAAGUACAAAGAUGUUGUUCAGGGCUACAAAAAGAAUGAAGAGACACUGAAAGCUUGUGCUCAGGACUAUCUGGUGAGGAUCAAAAAAGAGGAGCAGCGCUACCAGACCCUCAAAGCCCAUGCUGAGGAGAAAAUUAGCCAAGCAAAUGGAGAAAUUGCUGAGGUGCGGUCCAAGAAUAAAUCUGAGGUAUCUGCGCUGCAAGCACAGCUGCGACGGGAGCAGCUGAAGGUACAGUCGCUGGAGAAGAGCCUGGACCAAAAGGAAAAAGAGGCUGAAGAGCUCACCAAACUCUGUGAUGAGCUCAUCACCAAAGUCCAGAAGGGUUGAGUUCAUUUGUAAAUACUGUACAUUUUAUGACUUUAUUUCUGGAUCAUUUUCAUGUGCAGCACACUGUUUGUCUUUGUUCGUGUUCUUCUACUACUGUACAAAACUUUAAUAAAGAUGAUUUACAAGUUCUAACA